AUGGGCAGCGCGGGGCCGAGGACGGUGCUGGUCACGGGCUGCUCCUCGGGCAUCGGGCUCCGCCUGGCCGUGCAGCUGGCCCAGGACCCCGGCCAGCGCUACCAGGUCGUCGCCACCAUGCGGGACCUGCAGAAGAAGGAGACGCUGGAGCGGGCGGCGGGCGCGGCCCUGGGCAGGACCCUCCGCAUCCGGCGCCUGGACGUCUGCAGCGACGCCUCGGUGGCCGAGUGCCUGGGCGGCCUCCCCGAGCGCCGGGUGGACGUGCUGGUGAACAACGCGGGCGUGGGGCACAUCGGGCCCAUCGAGAGCAUCAGCAUCGCGGAGAUGAAACGCGUCUUCGAGACCAACUUCUUUGGGGCCGUGCGCAUGGUGCAGGCCGUGCUGCCCGGCAUGAAGCAGCGCCGCAGCGGCCACAUCGUGGUGAUGAGCAGCGUCAUGGGGCUGCAGGGCAUCGUGUUUAACGACGUCUACGCAGCCUCCAAGUUCGCCAUGGAGGGUUUCUGCGAGAGCCUGGCCGUGCAGCUGCUCCAGUUCCACGUCUUCGUGUCCCUGGUGGAGCCGGGCCCGGUGAACACGGACUUUGAGCUGAAGCUGAUGGAGGACGUGUCCCGCUCCGAGUUCCCCGGCACCGACCCGGCCACGCUGCGCUACUUCCAGGAGGUCUAUCUGCCGGCCUCCCGCGAGAUCUUCUCCACCAUGGGCCAGAGCCCCGAGGCCGUGGCCAAGGCCGUGGUGCAGGUGAUCGGCGCCGCUCGCCCCCCCUUCCGCACGCUCACCAACCCGCUGUACACGCCGCUGACGGCGCUGAAGUUCGCCGACCCCUCGGGGGAGCUGUCCGUGCGCACCUACCACAACCUGCUCUUCAACUACGGCGCGUUCUUCCACCUGAGCAUGCGGGCCCUGCGCUGCCUGACCUGCCAGUGCUUCCGCCGCAGGGUCGCCCCGGCCUGAGCCGCCGCCCAGCUCCCGCCUGCGUCCCCGCAUCGCCGGGGUGGAGAAUCCCCCCGAACCCCCUUCCACCGGCGGCUUCCCUUCGCCGCUCGCCGCGCGCCCUUUAUUUCCGGCUGGAGAUCUCUAGCCUCGGCUUCCAGCUGCUCGAGCGCUGGCUGCGGGAGUGGGGAGCCGGGUAUGAAAUCUCUGGUCCCCACGCAGGUUCCUCCAGCCUGGGCCGAGGCCCCCUGCACCGUCUGUCCCUCCAAGGCAGGUUUCUAACCCUGGAAUCCUUCUCGUGGCUCUUCUCUGAGCCUCCUCCUGGCCUUAUGGCCCCCGAACCGGGCCCAGGAUUCCAGCAGCAGUCGCCCCAGAGCCAAAUCCAGAGGGAAAAUAGCCUCUCGGCUCCUACCCGACAUUGCCCUGGUCACGCACCCCAGGAUCUCCUACCCUGUUUGUCCCCAGCGUCACACGGGCAGCUCGUGUUCAGCUGAUUCUCCACCACGGUUUUCAGAGUCCCUGCUCCAGGAUAGAGCACCCAGGCUGUAAGACCGGCCUGCACGCUUUGCCCCUGGAUGUCGACAUUCCCAUUUAGCUGCAUUAAAACACAUGUCGUUUUCUUGCACUUCGCAAGCGGUCCGGAUCGCUCUGGAUCGGUGCCCGGUCUGGAUCGCUCUGGAUCGGUGACCGGUCCGGAUCGCUCUGGAUCGGUGCCCGGUCCGGAUCGCUCUGGAUUUACCAUACCUCCAUUUUUAUGUGUUCUGCAAACUUGAUUAGUGAUUUUAUGUUUUCUUCCAGGUCAUUAUACAGCUGUUAAAUAGCGCAGGGCCCUGUGGGACCCCCUGGACACACGCACUGGCUGACGAUCCCCCAUUUAGUUACCUUUGGAGAGUUUUCCGUUAGCCAGUCUGUAAUCCCGUUCGUGUGGGUCAUGUUCAUUUUAUAUCGGUCAAAAUGCCAUGUGAUAGCAAGUCAAACGUCUUAAUAUUGGGUCAACACUGUUCCCUUUAUCAGCCAAACUUGUAAUUGAAUCAAAAAAGGCAUCAAGUUAGUUUGCCAGGAUCUAUUUUCCAUAACCCCGUGUUCAUUAAUUCUUUAUGAAUCCAGUCCCAGAUCAGCCGCGCCAUAAUUUUGCCCAGGAUCAAUGUCAGGCUGACAUGGCUAUAAUUAUCCCAAUUAUCCUGUUGACAGUUGUUAACCGUUGGCCCAACAUUCCCGUCCUUUCAGUCUUCUGGAACUUCCCCAGUGCUCCAGGACUUGUUGAAAAUCAACAUUAAUGAUCCAGUGACCUCCUCAGCCAACUCUUUGAAAACUCUUGGAUGCAAGUUAUCUUGAUCUGCUGAUUUUAAAAUGUCGGAUGUUAGUAGCUGGUGUCUAACAGCCUCUUGAGUUACUCUUGGAAUGGGAAGUGGUUUCUCGUAUGAUAUGACUAUAUCAUCUGGCUUUUUUCCAACUAUAGAACUGUGGAAUAUUUAGUGAACACUUCUGCCUUUUCUGCAUUAUUAUUGACAGUUUACUCCUGGUGGAAUUCUGCACCAAGAAAAUUAACAAUUCUGCACACAGUAUUUUAAAAUUCUGCAAAAUUCUGCAUAUUUUAUUUGUCAAAAUAACAUUAUAAUCACACUAGUUUCCGCUAUUUUUGGUCUUUUAUUUCAAAAUCUCUGCCAGCAAGUCUUUCUGUAACAAUACAGACAACAAAAAAGAUUCAGGAAAUGUUUUUUGACAAAUAGAUUCCUUACUACACAUGUUAAUAGAGAACUGAGUAACCAUUCAUUGAAACUACCAUCCGGAACCGGAUUUCCCGCCCCCCUCCGAAGCAGGGCAAAGGCUGGGGGGAGUCGGGGUAACGGAGGGGCUGAGGGAGAGGGAAGGAGCC